AUGCACAGCAUUAAUCUUUUUGUUCAUUUUCAGUUAUCUUUUGUUGGACAAGAAGCUGAGAGUAUACCAGGAAUUAUUGGAAGUAAAUAUGGAAAAGUGGUCAAGAUAUUAGACUUGAGCUAUAAUCAGCUGAGGUGGUUAUAGAAACUUAUUUUUACAUAAAGUUCGGACAUUGUCUGUUGACCGGCCGUUAUUUUGAGCCCUGAUAUAAUUGGAUGAGUGUAAUUUUCCCUAUCAAUUAAGACCUCUGUUAUAAUCAAGUCUCUUGCAAAGUUAAGGCCUAUGUUUAAACAUAUUCCUUAGAUUAUGAGAAGGGGGGAAGAUAAGCCAAGAUCACCUGCUUAUAAAAUACCAAAGACUGAUGUUCUUACAAUAUUUAACUAGAAGUAUGUAAAUGAUUUUUAUGUAAAUUUGUUUAAAAAAGGUAAUCUGAACUAUGUUGAAAUCUCAAGUGUAGUAUAGUUUAUGAUUGGUGCAUUUGUCCACUGUAUGCCUAUGAUAGCAUACUUGUGAUAAUAAAACUACUUCUGUCUAGUUCUUUUAUUCUUUUCUUUAAAUAGUUAUAAGAUAAUUUGUAUUGAUUAAUAUUAUUAGUUGUGAUGUUUUUAUUUCCUUUUCAGAUCUCUCAAAGGCCUCCAGGGUUUUGAAAAUCUGGAAGAACUUAUUCUUGACAACAAUCAACUGGGGGAUGAUGUGGAAAUUCCUCAGUUGACCAAACUUCACACUCUCACAUUAAACAAGAAUAGAAUAUCCUUUUCAAUUUUUAGUCUUAACGGGGCAAUCUGUGCCGUAACAGUUCUUCCAAGUUUUUGCGUAAGCUAGAAUAUGAAGGUUUAUAUGCUCAAAAUGACCUUUGAAUAAUGCUGUGUUCAAGGUGUUAGCAAACCAUAAUCAGUAGUUUUGGAUUGAUUGUUCCCACACAACUCUCUCAAACUUGAACUCUUCUGCCUCAUUUUUUCAAGUUUGAGUCGACUUCUUACCAACCCUUCCUCAGCCUAAUUCACUUUUUAUCAGUAAUUUUCUUGUGUUUACACUGCAGUAACUUACAGCAAAACCAAGGCACUCAGAGGGAAUUUCAUAGAUGAAAACACCUACGUGAUUGUUUCAGAAGUAGAACUGAAAUGAUCUUGGAGACACUACCCAUAUUAUAUAUUAUGACUUUACGUCAACUGAUUAAAGGCAUUGCUUUAUUUUAGGAUUCACAUUUAGCUUGUUCCAGAAAGUUUAUAUUUUGUUGAUUAUUUUAAUCCAUUUUAAUGUAUCUUGGAAGGCCUUAUUAAGUAAGACAGAUGGAUAAUAUUGUCCUUAAUAUCACUACAUAGCCAAUCUAGAGGUUCUGUUGGAUAAGAUCGCUCACAACUUGCCUUCUCUUAAAUACCUCAGUCUGUUAAGUAACCAGGCCUGUCCAAAUGAGUUGUCAUCACUUCACAGAGAUGAGGAGGACUAUCAGCGUUACAGGUAUCUUUCUGAUUUGGUAUACAUUGCAGAAAAGCUUGUAAUUCUCCUGGAAUUGCUGGAUUCUUGAAAUGUUAGAAUUUUCUUCCAAGGCCCUAAAUGACUCCUUGAAACUUCUUCCUGCUCUAGUACCAGUAGUAUCUUUCCACAUUUUGUGGGGUUUCAUUGAUGUCACAGAUUGCAGCAAUUAUUACAUUUUUGUCGUAUAACAAAACUUUUCAGGAAAUUUAAAAAUGUUAACAUAGUCGUCCUUACCCUCCAUAUGUACUAAAUUUAGACUGUGUACAUGUUUUUAUCGUGAAAGUUUAUUCUUCUGUUCCCUUUAUAGAAGUUCCUUCUGUUCAUGCCAGCUGACAAAAUUCCUGACCUUAGUGCUGCAGCUGUCAAGUUUUUUUUUUUUCGAUCAGAUCCUACCACCCAGAUCACACUCUCCCUUGUGAUAUAAACAAUAUUUGCCAAACAGAAUUUAAAUGCAUGUUGCUCAUUGAUUUUUUGUUUACUGACAGAUAUUAUGUCCUUUACCGCCUUCCGAACUUAACAUUUCUUGACUCAAGGCCUGUUAGAAGUAAGGAGAGAGAGGAAGCUCAAAGAGUAGGAUCUUACAUGAAGAUUGUGGCUCCUUCAGCCAAUGAGAUGGUCAGUGAAGAUGCUCGAUUAUGUAUUUUAAUUCUUGAUUUAUAGAUGUUUCACAGACUCAUAUUUAAUUACAGGUUAAAAAUUUUUUAACCUAGAAUAAUUCUCAAAUUCUUUGUCUUCUGACUAGGGUUUGAGGACAAGGGAAAUUGAGAAUUAAUCUAGGCUAAGACAUAAUUAACCUGACAUUAAAUUUGACCUGUAACUAGACAAAGGCUGAAAAGUAGAUCAACCCACAUUGUAAAGAAUGACUAGCAGUUCUGUCGGUAAAGAACUGUUUUUUUACAGAAGAAUCACACAGUGCAGCAUAAGAACGAUCUUGUACAGCAUAUUAAAUAAACAGUACAGUGUAUAUUUCAACUGUCAAACUGUAGUUGGCGAAUAGUAAAUUAAGGUCAAAAGUCAUUAAAUGGAAAUAUAAACAAUUCAUAAAAAAUAAAAUUAGACAUAUAAACAUCAUAAAUUAAAUCCUUUACAAAUCUUGAAGUUAUUAACAGUGAAACUAGGCACCAGGCAACCUUGAUCAUUUCAAUGCAGAUUAGAUUAUAGUGUUUUGUUUUUGGAUCAACAGACUUCUCAAAUGCUUGAGAGCACAGAAGAAAAAUCACCCUACAGCCCGCUACCGAGCAACACCAUGGCUCCUGGAGACCACAAAGGUACCUUUGGACGCUGCAGAUACAUCUACUUUGGCAAGCACUCUGAAGGAAACAGAUUUAUACGAAAUGAUGAGCUCUGA